ACUGGAACCCGAGGACGUCACUGCGGAGCAGAGUGAUUCCUAUUGGCUGAUUCAGGCACAGUUCCAUUGUAAACGUCACAAUGCGGAAGUUGGACAAUGAGCUUCAGACUAAAACUUCCUCCUCUGGGCAACAUCUGUGAGGAAAUCAAUGUUCCCCCCUUUCCAUUUCUUUUCUCAUUCUGGGGGCAAAUUGUUGACUUGCAGGAACUGAAGGGAAAGGAAGUAAAUCCAAGGAGGGUGCAGACUCUGGAAAGGUUGGCCCAGGUCUCUUUCUCUCUUAAAGACAUUGUGACACUCAAGUGAGAGUGUUUCCAGUGCACUGACUCUGGAAAGAGCUAUAAUCAGUUACACAGCCUGAAAAAACAUUGCACCAUUCACAACAGGGAGAGACUGUACAUGUGUUCUGUGUGUAGAUGAGGCUUCAACUCAUUGUCAAAGCUGGAAGACCCAAUGACACUCACAACAUGGAGAAACCAUGGAAAUGUGCGGACUGUGCGAAAGCAUUCAGAUUCCCAUGUCAGCUGGAAACCCAUCGACACAGUCACACCGGUAAGAGGCCAUUCACCUGCUCGGAGUGUGGGCAGGGAUUCACUCAGCGAUGCAACCUGCUGAGACAUCAGCGAGUUCACACGGGGGACAGGCCGCUCAACUGCUCUCAGUGUGGCGAGGGAUUCAGUGAUUUGUCCACCCUGCUGUACCACCAGCAACUUCACACUGAGGAGAGGCCAUUUACCUGCUCCGAGUGUGGGAAGGGAUUCAAUCAGUCAGCCCAUCUACUGAGACACCAGCAGAUUCAUACUGGGGAGAGGCCAUUUACCUGCUUGGAGUGUGGGAAGGGAUUCAUUCAGUCAUCCAGCCUGCUGGCACACCAACGAGUUCACACUGGGGAGAGGCCAUUCACCUGCUCUGAGUGUGGGAUGGGAUUCACUCAGUCAUCCAGCCUGCUAAAACACCAGCAUGUGCACAACGGGGAGAGAGCAUUCACCUGUUCUAAGUGUGGGAAGGGAUUCACUGAUUCAUCCAACCUGCUGCGACACCAGCGAGUCCACACUGGGGAGAGGCCAUUCACCUGCUCAGAGUGUGGGAAGGGAUUCACUCAGUUGUCCAGCCUGUUUACCCAUCGGUGACUUCACAUGGGGGAGAGGCCAUUCCUCUGCCCCAUUUGUGGGAAGGGAUUCAAUCGAUUAUCCAACCUGCGGAAGCACCAGCAAGUUCACAAGUGAUUACAAGUGUUGGAUUCUAUUUUGCUGCUGUCAAUCCAUCCAAGACUGAACCAUGUUUGUUCUGGCAGUUGGCAAUGGAGGGUUUCUUUCUGCUGGACUGUCUGUUCUCAUGACUUUGCUUCCAGUGGGCUGAUACUCUGAGACUAAUUGCGAGUAUUUAGCUGUUUAUUUCAUAUAGAUCACAGGAACAAAGGGUGUUUUGAAGCUAAAUUGAAGUUGGUGAGUGGAAAAGAAGCUGGAAGAUUUGUUGAGCUUGGAGUUGGAGGAUGAAAUCUACAGUGACUCUCGCAGCGAAAGGCCUUGUGGUAGAACCAGUCAGCUUGAGCAGUUAGUUUGGAAAGAGCUGUGAAGAUGCAGUUGGAGGAGGCUGGGGAGAAGCAGUCUGUCUGGUCAAAGUCAGGUCAAGAAGGCAGUGAGGCUCACACUUGAGUUGAAGAAUCCACAGUCGUGAGGUCUGAAAGAAAUUUUGGAGGGUCGUUUAGCCAAAAGCUGAUGGAAUGAUGCUCAAAGGUAGAACGGGGUUUACAACUUAAAUAAUUACAAAACAAUGUUAAGUUCAUAGUGUGUAGUUUGUUCAAUUUUCUUCUUUACAAUAAAGUUUGUUUUUGUUUAAAAACAUUA